AUGAAGACAAUAUACGACAACGAGCGAGCCCAAGAUUCUCGCAGAUCUCCGCGCGUAGGACAAUCAAGAUUUGCUAUUUUGGGCGAUUCUAUGCUUAAACAAAUAAACGCGAGACGAAUUCAACAAGGAAUGAAGCAUAAAAUUGUUGUAAAAACAUUUCCUGGUGCGGGAAUAAAAGAAAUGAAUCACUAUGUAAAACCAACGUUACUCACGGCACCAAAUAAGCUUAUUUUACACGUCGGAACCAAUGAUCUACAAAGAAUGACGCCAGAUGAAUUGUUGACACAUGUACAAAAGCUUGGAGAGAGCAUUACUCGAGAAAACGGGAAUAUUGAAUUAGUUUUAUCAGAAAUCAUAACAAGAAAUGACGAUAAAACAUUGGCUGAUAAGGUAAACGAAUAUAACAAGGGAUUGGCCCAACUAUGUAUAGAACGAAAUUGGUGUCUUAUCAGGCACAAUAAUAUUGACGUAAACCAUUUAAAUAACUACGGACUGCACUUAAAUAAGCAGGGUACAUCAGUCUUAGCAAAAAACAUAAAGCAAUUUCUUAAUAGGAAUUGA